AUGCGAGAGGAGCUGGACGACGACGAGGCCGCGUGGAAAGCUGCGGAUGGGGACGAUGUUAUACUUCCCCUGCCAGAGAAUGUGAAAGAAUAUUUGCUGGAUGAUGGAACACUUGUGGUUUCUGGAAGAGAAGAUCCGCCAACUCAUUCUCAAGAGGGGAGUGAUGACGAAGCAGAGGAAAUACAGUGGUCAGAUGAUGAGAAUACUACAACGCUUAAGGCACCAGAAUUUCCUGAGUUUACAGCUAAAGUCCAAGAAGCAAUAAGUUCCUUGGGAGGCAGUGUUUUUCCUAAACUGAACUGGAGUGCUCCAAGGGAUGCCUACUGGAUAGCAAUGAAUAGCUCUCUGAAAUGUAAAACUCUCAGUGACAUCUUUCUACUCUUCAAAAGUUCAGACUUCAUUACUCGUGACCUCACUCAGCCAUUUAUUCACUGCACUGAUGAUUCCCCUGAUCCGUCCUUGGACUACGAGCUCGUUCUUCGAAAAUGGUGUGAGCUGAUCCCUGGUGCGGAAUUCAGAUGCUUUGUCAAAGAAAACAAGCUUAUAGGUAUAUCACAAAGAGACUACACUCAAUACUAUGAUCAUAUCUCUACGCAACAUGAGGAGAUCUGUAGAUCAAUACAGGAGUUUUUCCAGAGAAACAUACAGUAUAAAUUCUUGGAUGAAGACUUUGUUUUCGAUGUGUACAGAGACAGCAGGGGUAAGAUUUGGCUAAUAGAUUUUAACCCCUUUGGUGAAGUAACAGACUCACUGCUGUUUACAUGGGAUGAACUGAUCUCUGGGAAAAACUUGAAAGGCGACCAGAGUGAAGAGGAAGCCACAGAACAGGACUAUCCAGUUUUCCGUUGUACGAACAGCAGAGUUACUGUCCAGCCUAGCCCAUACCUGAGUUACCGACUGCCGAAAGAUUUUGUGGACCUUUCUACAGGAGAGGAUGUUCACAAAUUAAUUGACUUUCUUAAACUGAAAAGAAAUCAGCAAGAUGACGACUGAGCUAUCAAGAAGUGUUGUGUUGCAUUGCAUUACAAGCAAGAAAUGUGGCAAAAGCCAUAUUUAGCGUAAUUAUUAAACUAUCAAUUGAAAGAAAAUCUGCUUUUUUCUAUUUAAUGAAAGAACUGAAGAGCUGCAUAUCCUGUGGGUUGGUUUAUAUAAAAGUGUAGAAAAGCUUUUCCAUGGAAAUGUGAAGGGUCAGCCUGAGCCCUCAUUGGAUUCCAGGUUAGAUGCAAGUAUACCGUGGUGCAUGCAAGCAACAAUUUGAGUGCAGCUGAACGACUGACUUCCCAUCUCAAUGUUGU